AUGCUGCCCACUACCCGUCGAACUCGACAGUGGCUUAUGACAUUGUUCCAGUCGUCACAAGCCGGCAUUAUGGCUAUCCUCGAGACUCUUCGGGCAGGACGCUGGGGUCAACACAUUUCCCCGGGCCCAUUGUCUGAGAGCAUCCUCGUGCGCGAUAUACCCUAUAACUUCAGUGUCGACACGAUAGCAGUACAACUCACUAAGCGGACGGACCUGACUCUGGAAUUCGAUAUUGUGACGAUAGAGCGAGUCGAUGAGGUCAUGAAAGACUUUAUGAGUUGGACCUCUACUACGAGCAUCUUGACAAAAACACAACAAGCAAUCCUAAUUGAAAAAUGGGUGAUUUUCAGCUUAGCCGGAGGAGUUGAAAAAGGAGAUCAAGCCUCUCAAGAAACAAAUGAAGAGAAGGCAACACCUUCUCCAUCCCUAUCAAACCUCAGACAUCAUAUCCUAGACAAAUGGUCAGGCCACCCACGCGAUCCCAGCGAAGGUCAGACCGAAACGCAAUUGCUCAUUGAUGGUGCGAAGGGGGAAUAUCCUCAUGGGUAUCAAUGCCAUUCCCCAAAUAUUCCAAGAAGAGACCUCGCGAGCAAGCAAAUAGGAAGGGGCAUUUGCUAG